UCAUCCCCUGAUGCCAUUGCUUCUGACCUUCACGUUCAUUGCUAUCAUCAAUCGCAAGUCAUUACAAAGUUCACAAUGCUAACACCAGUUUUCAAAUCAGCAGCUGUAGGCUUCGUCACGGGCUCUACCGUGCCAUUGCUAGUCACUACGCUGUACUUGAUGCCACAACACCAGUACUCUGAGCAGCAGGAAUUGAACUGGUUGAAGAGAAUUGUUGGCGUGUUGACCUGGCAAGUCAAGAAGCUGGAGGCGAGACAGCUGGGUAUCGAUACUGCUAAGCUAUCUGAAGGUUACAGAGAUGGGUUAUACUGGGCCGGAUUCUAAGCACUAUACCCUACUCUCUACACUUUCAAUUUUGCAUCACGUUACUACAGAUUACUACAAUGAAACUACAUUCGAAUUAUAACUCAAUUGACUUGAGCUAUUCUCUUUUUAUUCUCUUUUUUUUUUAUUACUGUUAUCAUGGUCAAUUAUAUGGCAUUGAAACUGAUUACAUUCGCUUGCAAUAU